ACCUGAAGGCAACACAUGCAGCCGCUGGGUUGAACAACAGGGCAGAGUAAAAACCACCACAGUGCAGUGCUCUGCGUGUGUGUGUGUGUGUGUGUGUGUGUGUGUGUGUGUGUGUGUGUGUGUGUGUGUGUGUGUGUGUGUGUGUGUGUGUGUGUGUGUGUGUGUGUGUGUGUGUGUGUGUGUGUGUGAGGAGGAGGAGUCCGGCUCCUCGCUGCGGUGAUAACAGGCUGCUGCUCGGCUCUCUUAUCUUCCGUUCCCCGCCGUCCGAGCAGCGGAUCUCUCCGGAGCUGCUCCAGGAUCUAUUUUAAUAUUUCAUUUUUUAUAAAAGUUCACUAAAAGCGGGCUCGCUCCUCCCAUGAGUCCCCGGGAGACUCCCCGGCCUCAGCUCUGCUUCACGGGAAACUAUCUGCGACCGUUUUGGGGUCUUUGGAAAUCAUGGAAACGUGGUUUUUGAAUCACGUCCUCGGAGUGUCUCUGUCGGUGCUCCUGCUGGGACUACCGGGGCCCCUCGGGGCCGGGACCCCCAGCAGCAACAGCACGGAUCCGGUAUCGGCAGGAUUUGGUUAUUCAGCCGCCACUGAUGAACUCAGCAACUUGGGAAACAAUGCAACUUCAACUUCAUCCUCCAGCGAGAGUUUAUCACCAUCACAGAGGAACAUCCUGCUCACACACACUGCUGAAACACACACUGCUGAAACACACACACACACUGCUGGGACACACACACACACUGCUGGGACACACACUGCUGCUGCUGCAAACCCCGACACUGAUCAGACACAAACCAUCACAGAAACAAGCAGCAGAUCACUGGAGGCCACAAAACUGUCUACUGAGCCACUCACCUCCACCCUUGUUGUAGCUACCACUGAGGCCAGCAGCACCAGCAGCACCAGUGGCAGCAGGAGUACCAGUAGAGGCAGCACCAGCAGCAGCACCAGCAGCAGCACUACCACCAGCAGUGGCACCAGUAGAAGCAGUGGCACCAGUAGAAGCAGUGGCACCAGUGGAAGCAGCAAAAUUAGCAGCAGCUCAGGCAGCAGCAGCACUAGUAGCAGCAACCACAACAGCAGCAGCGGCACCAGUUACAUCAGCAGCAGCAGCACUAGUAGCAGCACUGGUGGCACCAGUGGAACCAGUGGAACCAGUGGCACCAGUAGCAGCAGCAGUAGUAGUAGCAGCAGCAGCACUGGCAGCAGGAGCAGCACUAGCACUAGUAGCAGCAGCAGCACCAAAGACAUGAGCAGCAGCAGCACUAGUAGCAGCACUGGCAGCACCAGUGGAACCAGUGGAACCAGUGGCAGCAGCAGCAGGAGCGGCCCCACCGACUGGGGCUGGAAGGACUUUACCAACACAGACCAGGUGCCGGGCGCCUCCCCUGCCGUCUCCUGGGAGUCCAGCUCCUGGAUGUUGCCAGACGAGAGCAGACUCCCCCAGGACAGCCCCGACACCACCCUCCGACUGGGAGACGCCUCCGCCUCCACGUCCAAUACAGCCGUCCACACCGACACCACCUACACCUCCACGGCCAUCAGCCGGGCCGGGGAGAGGACGCUGCUGUCUGUCACCUCCUCCUCCAGCAACAGCACCUCCUCUUCAGCCUUCACAGAGGACUCCAACUCCCACCAGCCCCCCUCCACCUGGGGGACUUCUGCAGAGACGGAGGACUACACCCACAGUGCCCCGUCCACCCGGACUGACAGCCGGGACACUACAGACCAGCACAUGACCCAAUCCUUCAAGGGGACGUCUCCAGAGACUGGAGGAACACAAACUGGUCAGCCUAACUCCACCCAUCACCAGUACACCUCCACAUCAGAGGAGACCUCCGACUCCACACCACCCCUCAGAGUGACGGAGCCCAGCACCGACCAAUCACAAGUGUCCAUGUCCUCCACACCGUCUGUCACUUCGCCCUCAGAUCGGCCUGAAAACGUCUCGGGGACGGAUCAGGGGUCGGGGUCUAGUGUCGAGACCUCCACCGAGUCCUCCACCACUGAAGCCCACAGCUCCAGCACUCAGAACCAGCAGGGCACUGAGAGGGUCUCACCCCAGACCAGGGAGGGCGGCGUGGACCGGGGUCUGACCACGGCGCCCCCUACAGUCAGCAGCAGCACCACCGAGGUGGACGACUCUCUGACGGACACUCCGGUGCUGCUGACUGAAGCCGUCCUCACCACCACCCUGGUUACUGUCACAGAAAGACAACAGAUAACAGAGGAAGACACGUUUAAAGCCUCCACCUCCUCCUCCACCACCUCCCCUCCUCCGCUCCCCUCCACCUCCUCCUCCAGCUUCAGCAGCACCACCAUCAUCUCUCCUCCAGGGUCUCCUACGGAGCCCACCACCACCACCACCCCGUACACCACCCCCUCCACCACGGCCUCCACCCCCAACCUGCUGACGUCUGCAGCCCCCCCGACCCCCCGGGUGUCCCCCAGCCAGACCCAGGGGCCCUCCACUGGGCUGGUGGAGCCCACAGAGCCCACCACCCUGCAGGUAGAGACCACCACCACCAGCACCACCAGCUCUCCGGCUAAAACCACGACUCAGAGCCAGCACACCACCUCCUCCUCCACCUCCACCUCCACCCACAGCACCCCGACCAGGACCACCGAGGCUCUGCAGACCACCAGGAGACAGACGGAAAGAGGGACCACAACGUUAGUGGGGACCACGUCACCCACCAAGGCACCGCGGCCUCCAAGAAACCCUUGUGUGUCUAACCCUUGUAUGAACGGAGGGAUGUGUGUGAACUAUAAAGGGCAUCAAUUCACCUGUCACUGUCAGCAGGCCUGGACAGGACCCACCUGCAGCCAGGAUGUGGAUGAGUGUGAGAGAGACCCCUGCCCCUCCGGCUCCAGAUGUGUCAACACACGAGGAUCCUUCAGCUGUGAAUGUCCGCUGGGCUUCGACCUGGAGGACGGACGCACCUGCACCAGAGCGAAGACUUUUCUGGGGACGUUCAGCGUGAACAGACUGCCUCAUGGAGCCACCAUGCACGAGAUCCAGAGAGAGAUCCUCCAGCUGCUCAACGCUUCGCUGUCAGUCCUCCGAGGUUACAGCCGAUCUACACUCAGUAAGAAAGGAGAUGAUGGUGUUGGUAUCUCAGCUGUCAACAUGUUCUCCAUCUACACCGACGUGACCAGUUCAGAAGUCUCCAACAGCAUCCAGAUGACUCUCAGUAACUGCAGCUCGUCUCUGGCUCACUGCAGGGUGGUGCUGCUCCACCACCUCACCUACCACGUGGAGAGUCUGUGUGUGGCCCAGAAGACUCAGUGUGAUACGGAGCGCUCCUCCUGCAGCGACAGCAGCGGCUCAGCCAACUGUCACUGUCUGCCCGGAUACUACAAACACAACCCAGAGGACCAGUCCUGCUUAGAAUGUGGUGACGGUUACAAGCUGGAAAAUGGAACCUGUGUCCCGUGCAUGUUUGGAUUUGGAGGAUUCAACUGUGGAAACUUUUACAAGCUGAUAGCCGUGGUGGUGUCUCCUGCAGGAGGCGCUCUGCUCCUCAUCCUCAUCAUCGCUCUCAUCGUCACCUGCUGCAAGAAAGACAAGAACGACAUCAACAAGAUCAUCUUUAAGAGUGGAGACCUGCAGAUGUCUCCGUACGCUGACUUCCCUAAAAACAACCGCAUCUCCACCGAGUGGGGCCGCGAGACCAUCGAGAUGCAGGAGAACGGCAGCACCAAGAACCUGCUGCAGAUGACCGACAUCUACUACUCGCCGGCGUUACGUAACUCAGACCUGGAGAGGAACGGCCUGUACCCGUUCACAGGUCUACCGGGGUCUCGCCACUCCUGCAUCUACCCGGCCCAGUGGAACCCCUCGUUCAUCAGCGACGACUCACGGAGGAGAGACUACUUCUAACUGGCCCACACACACACACACACACACACACACACAC